AUGAACAGAAAGUUUUUGUUUGCUGGUAGGUUGACUUUCAGGGCUAAUUCAGAAAAUGAGAUACUGUCAUCAAAACUGAGCAAAGCAGAAGGAACAUUGAAAGAAAUAUCAGAGAAGCUGGUCACCACAGAACAAAAAGUUGAAAAAACUGCUGAAGAACUGAAAGGAAAGAAUGCUGAAAACAAGAAGUUGACUGCUGAAAAAUCCAAGUUGGAACAAAAGUUGUCAGCUGUGUCCAGUGAGCUACAAGAGAAAGAAACCUCCCUGAAAAAGCUGACAACUGACCUAGAGUUAUCCACAGUCCAGUGUCAAAGGUUGGAGACAGAAAGUAACAGCAAAAGUGACCAGCUGACCAAGCUGCUUGGGGACAAGACUAGGGAACUAGAAACCCAAGUUGCUCUAGGGAAGACACUGCAAGGAGAUUUGGAAAAUGCUAAAAGAGAUCUUCAGCUAAAGGGAGAAGAGUUGCAGGGAGCAAGACAGGCUCUAGAAGAAGUAACGAGAGAACACACAACAACAGUGGAGUCACUUAGGCAGAGCUUAGAAACUUCAGUACAAGAUGUGAAAAAUGCCAAGCAGCAAGUGGAGGAGAAGCUGAACCAGAUGGCUGCAGAGAAAGAGGAACUUUUACAGGUAAAAUCUCAACUGACUAAUGAGGUAGGCUCUUACAAACAGGCCUUGGAAGGACUGAGGAAGGAAUUUGAAGACACCAAGGAACAAUUGAAUCAAGAAAAGACCAAGUUACUUGACCAUGUGCAGCAGACCAGAGAAGAAAGGGACCACUCAGUCAGGGAUUUGAAGACACAGAUACAGCAGCUAGGUGAAGAAGUAAGCCAGCUAAAGGUUUCUCUAGAACAGAAGUCACAAGGUGAAGCUGUAACAAAAACAAAGAUGUCAGAACUGGAGACGGAGAGGACUGGCCUGUUACAGAAUGUACAUGAUCUGGAGCAGAAAGUCUCACAGUUACAAGAGAAGUCUUCUCAGCAGGAAGAGAAACUGGCUCUCCAGAUAGUAAAAUUACAGACUAAAGAACAAGAAUUUCAGUCCAGUCUAGAAAAGAAGAUAACUGAGUAUAAGACACUUCAAAAGGAGUGUAGCAAUUAUGAAGAACAAAUUGUAAAAUUGCAGCAGCAAUUUAGAGAUGAAAAUGAAAAAGUCAACAAACUUCAGAAAGAGCUACAGAACACCAAGCUUGCACUUAAAGAGACUGAAGAAAACCUGCAGCAUGCUACAGCAGAAUUGGAGAAAGCUCAAGAUAAUGAACUUUCGCUUAAUAACUCAAUUGAGGAGAUUUCUGAGGUUAAGUCCUCGUUGGACGGCAGGAUUUUACAACUGGACACAGACCUGAACAAGGCUGUUUCAGAAAGAGACUCACUGACGGAGGAAAAGAAACAAAUUUCAGGAGAACUUGAUGGUCUCAAGCAGAAGUAUCAGAGCUUGACAGAGGAGAAGGCGGCUGUGGAUUCUGAACUUGCAUCUCUUAAAGUCACGUUAGAAAAAGACCGCCAAGAUGCCACACAGGAAAUUAAUAGUCUGCAAGAAGCCAAGCAGUUACUUAUUACCCAGAAGUUGGAACUGCAGGGGAAAAUAAACCAGUUAGAGGAAGACAUGAAUAAGGUUAAAGCUGAGAAAGAAGAAAGUGCAGAAGUGGCCAAGAAUGUUCAGAUGAUGUUGAAGGAAGAAAAUGCUGGGCUGCAGCAUAAGCUGGCUGCAGAGAUAGAAGCCAGAGAAAAUGCCAACAAGGAGAAGGAAGAACUGGAGACCAGGAAUGAAAUGCAGUUUUCAGCUCUAAAUGAGAAUUUGGCAACACUUCGCCUGGAUCUUCAGGUGGCCCAGGAGAAAUACUCUGAACUGACCAAGGAAAAUGACGAAAUUAGGGGUGAAAAACUAGAGCUGGAGGCAAAGCUAGAAAAUAACAAUGACGAGAGGCGGGCGCUGCUGGAGAGAUGUCUGAAGAGUGAGAAGAGCUGUGAGGAGUUGAGACAAAAGGUCGCAGAGUACAGGAGAAAGUUUGAAGAGACCACAGCAGCGCUACAAGAGCUGGGGAGAGAGAACCAGGUGCUUCAGAUUCAGACGACUAAAGUGGUCACAAGAAAGUGGGCAGAUGACAGUGAAGUGUUAGAGUGCCAGGCCUGCAGUAAACCCUUCUCUGUCACUGUGAGGAGGCAUCACUGCCGUAACUGUGGCCAGAUCUUUUGCCACGAGUGUUCCAGCAGAAACGCAACAAUUGCAUCCUCCAAGAAGCCAGUGAGAGUUUGUGACACUUGUUACGGGGAGGUUGGGAAGAGGUAGAACACCAUUUUCUUGAAUCCUGGAGGACUUCUAAUGAAUCAAGCAUAUAAAUAAGAAUUAAGUUUAAAGUUGGUGUGCUUACUUAUAUAGGCUGUUUUAUAGCUAAUGAUUAUGCUGAUAAACAGAAAGUUUAGUGUGAGUACUGUGUAUUUGGGAUAUGCUUUUAAGAUGAGCUGAGGAAAAAUUGAUAUCUGUAAGUUUCUAAUUUGUAUACUUUCUUUCUACUUCUUACACAUUCUUAACAAAGUGUUCAUUUUAUUUGAUGUAAAUCUAUUUUUCUUUAGUAGAGCUAUAUGAACAGUUAUUUUAAACAUUGUUAUGAGAAGUUAUUUCAUUUUUAGAUGUAAUUCAUGUACACGUAAAUUGGUUUAACUGAAAAAAAGACUUUCCUAAAAAUUUGUCUGGGAAUUUUGAUUGAUUAAUCGAUUAUCAUUAGGUUCAUCUAACCUUUUUGCUGCAAUUGAUAUAAAACUCACGAAGAAUGAAGUUCUUGUGUUUUAUGGAGAAUCUUGAUCUACAUCAGAAAAACUUGUUUCUUUGUUUGUUCAUAUGAAUUAUGCAAUUAAAACUUAUUGCUGAUAAUGUUGAUAAAGAAAAAAUGUGUUGAAAAACAUUCUAUUCAUAUUUUUGCAAGCUGGCACAGAUUUGUGAUGUGCAAUAUGAAUGCUGUUACAGUAAGUCAUGCCUAAAUACUCCUCUUAGAUACUAGAUGAAAUUACAGACCUGGUGGUAUUGUAUUUAGGAUUGCAUUUGUUUUAUAAGUGGCUUUUUAGAUAAUUUUAUAAGUAACCACUUUGAAGUAGCUGUUGUCAACAUGCAAUCAUACAAAAUAAUGUUUUAUUUUUCUAAGGCAUCACUGAAAAAUAAAUGGCAAUUGUUAUGCCAGUGCAGAAAAUAUGCAGUUCUAAAAUUGGAAUUGAAGAUGUGAGUAUGAUUAUUAUGAAAUGACACAAUAUGCUGGUUUAAAUAUGUAUAUGAUUUGGGUGUGUUUUACAUGUUAACAUUAAUUACCGUAUGACUUUUACAGUAAUAUUGAAUUGAAAAAAGGCAUUAUGGUUGUUUUCAUAAUGUAUGCAAUGUGCAUUAGACUUUUAGAUAGCAAAAAAAAAUUUUGAAAAUGAUUCCCCCCCCCCCCCCAAAAAAAAAAAAAACAUCAAGUUAAUUCUGUGCCAACCUGUUGAGGAAUUAGAGAAAUAUCAACCUGUUUCCAAAUUGUAAUUUUUUAAAUAGUUUCCAAUAAUGAGAGUGAUUAAAAAACAGUUUAUGGAUCGUAAUUUUUAUUCAAUGAUUUUGAAGAUUGGGGUACUGUGUGGAGAGAAGAAAAAUUAAAAUUUCCACGAAAAUUAUUUUUUUAUAAUCCUUUAUAAAUGUCUAAGGUGAUUGUAUGAUAAAACUGAAUAAAUCUUAUGCAGAAUGAGAAUA